ACCCUGAAGAGCUCACGCAAUCGAUCAGAGCAGAGCGAGCACGAGCGAGUGAGAGAGAGAGAGACAGAGACAGAAUGGCUUCGUUGUCGUCGGAGGGAGAGGAUUGGAGAGCGUGGGUCCCGCUCAGCUCUCGGCCGGAGUUCGCCGCUGUGACGCCGUUGCCGCAGGACGACGGUCCGAGCCCCGUCGUCGCGAUCGCCUACAGGGACGAUUUCCGGGAGACCAUGGAUUACUUCCGGUCCCUCUACAGCUCCCGGGAGCUCUCGCCUCGCUCCCUCCUCCUCACCUCUCUCGCCAUCUCCUUCAACCCUGCCAAUUACACCGUGUGGCAUUUCAGGCGUCAAGUGCUGGAGGCGCUGGAUGCUGACUUGAACGACGAGCUCGAGUUUACUGAACGCGUGGCCAAGGGGAAUGCCAAAAACUACCAGCUUUGGCAUCAUCGGCGUUGGGUUGCUGAGAAGUUGGGAUCUGAUGCUGCAUGUGGGGAACUUGAGUUCACAGGGAAGAUAUUCUGCCUAGAUGCUAAAAACUAUCAUGCCUGGUCUCAUAGGCAGUGGGUUCUUCACGCUUUAGGCGUUUGGGAGAAUGAACUUGAUUAUUGUACGCAGCUCCUCGAGGAAGACAUAUUCAACAAUUCUGCUUGGAAUCAGAGGUAUUUUGUCAUCACAAAAUCUCCUCUCCUUGGAGGUCUGAAAGCUAUGAGAGAUUCUGAAGUUGAUUAUGCUAUCGAAGCUAUCGGCACGAAUCCAGAGAAUGAGAGCCCAUGGAGAUACCUUCGUGGCCUUUACAAUGAUGAAAAUGAUGGUUGGCUAAAUGAUGCUCGAGUGCCUUGUGCAUGUCUUCGUGUUCUGAAAGCCAAAAGAAACUUAAAAUUUGCUCUGAGUACACUGUUGGAUCUGGUUUGCCUUGGUUUCAAACCUAACCAAGAAAUAAGGGAUGCCAUAACCUCUUUGAGGACUUCACAUUCGGGUGAAGUAGGUUCAGACUCAGAUCUGGCAAAAUCGAUUUGUUCUAUCUUGGGACAUGAAGAUCCAAUGAGAGCCAAUUAUUGGACGUGGCGAAGCGGCAGGCUUCCUCAAGCAGCUGAAGUCUAAUAAAUCUGAUACAAACUGGCUUUUUGUCUAAGCUAUUGGCUCAUGUUUUCUAGUUUGCUCCAAAUCCGCUUUUAGAAGGUGUUCUGAGGUGAGGAUGCGUACUUAAUUUAUAGUCAAUUGCGAGGGCAGAGCUGUAACUCAAGUCCGUAUAGUUUCAAGAGGAUUCAAUACGAGCACCUGUGCAUUACUAAUAUGGCAGGCACAUAUCUAGGGGUUUGUAUAUUCAGUUUCUACUUCAUGUCUCAGAUGGCUCUGUCACAUGAGGAGUCCUUAACUUGAACUACUUGCUUGUCAUGGACUCUAUCGAUGUAACCGGAGCAUAAUUCGAUUGA